ACUGACAAUACUGUCCCAAUAUAGUGUGAAUAUAUAAGCUACAACUUGUUAAAAUAGUCAAAUCAAAACACAUCACUACUCCACCCUAAAGAAGACUUAAAAUCACUAUAAAUACAAUUGAAACGUAUUAUCUUAAUUACCAAGCAUCUCAAACACAAAUAAAAAAAAAGGAGUUUUUAAAAUCUAUAAUGGCUUCAAGUAAACCAGCGGUGAGGCACCCUAGCCACAACCAUCCAUUGCGUAGUCACAAAGCUCAAGCUGAGGAAGAGAUCAUCUGCUCAGGCUGUGACCUAGACCUGAUAGGCGCAGCUUUCAAAUGCACGAAGUCUGAAUGCGAUUACUUCUUGCACAAGUCAUGUUUCGAGCUUCCACGCGAGAACCGUCACAAGUCUCACCCUGAACACCCUUUGACCCUGCUGUACUCUCCAACUUACGAGUCUUCAGCUUUCGCUUGCGACGCGUGCGGUGAGUAUGGAUCCGGGUUUUCUUACAACUGUUCUAUCUGUAAGUACGAUGUGCAUGUCGGAUGUGUGUCUAUGCCCGAGACCGUGGAGCGUGAAGGACACGCGCAUCCGCUCACGUUGCUCUACCGUUCUCCUUACCAGAACGGUCUGAUCUUUAACUGUGAUGAAUGUCAUGACACUGUUCCGGAUAAUCUCUGGUCUUAUUACUGCAAGAAAUGUGACUAUGGGACACAUCUACACUCUUGUGCGGUCGAGGAAGAGCCAAAGAGAGGAGGAGGAGGAAGUGGGAAUACUAGUAGGAACAAUGGUGGAAGGAGCUCUGCCGCUUCGGACUUAUUAUCUGCAAUGUUGAAAGCUCAAAGGGAGAUGGAGAGGAUGCAGAUUGAGUUAGAUAUGGCGAUGCAGAGUGCUAAGAUUGCGAAGAAAUCGAGAAAGCAUAUGCUCAAAAUGAUCUAAAAUAAAACUUGUGUUAUCGAUCAUGAUAUUCACCCCCUUCCACAUAUAUGUAUGCAUCUAUUCCUCUCGGUCGAGCUAUCUUGGAUUCUUGAAGCUCUGAAACUCUUUGAUUAUUGUUCUUGUAUUUUAGUUCUUGUGUGUUCCAUUGUAAUGUUUGUUCACUAUAUGAAUAAAAGAAUUAUAUAGCUUCUUCUU